AUGAACAUAAUUGGUGCGCUUGGUUUAACUUGGUCGGUACAUCGGCCUAAUAAUAUUUUUGGGUUUUCUCCUUAUAGCUUGAUAAACAUAAUUGGUGCGCUUUGUGUUUAUGCUGCUAUAUGUAAGAAGGAAGGAAGACCAUUGAAGUUUCCCGGUAGAAAAGCGGCUUGGGAGUGUUAUGCGGUGGCUUCGGAUGCAAAUUUGAUAGCAGAGCAGCAUAUAUGGGCGGCAGUGGAUCCGUAUGCGAAAAACGAAGCGUUUAAUGUGAACAAUGGAGAUGUGUUUAAGUGGAAGCAUUUUUGGGAGGUGUUGGCUGAGCAGUUUGGGAUCGAGGAGUAUGGGUUUGAUAAGGAGGAGAGUGGUAGGCUGAGGUUGGUCGAGAUGAUGGAAGGGAAAGUCGGUGUGUGGGAGGAGAUUGUGAGGGAGAAUGAGCUGCAGCCGACGAAGUUGGAGGAGGUGGCGGUGUGGUGGUUUGCUGACUUUGUGUUGGGUGGGGAGGCUUUGUCGGACAGUAUGAAUAAGAGCAAAGAGCAUGGCUUUUUGGGGUUUAGGAAUUCCAAAAAGUCCUUCAUUUCGUGGAUUAAGAAGAUGAAGGCUUACAAGAUUGUUCCAUGAAAUGUAUUAUGAGGAAGAAGAGUACCUAUAACAUCAUGCGUAUGUAAUCACAAUAAAAAAUGUUAUUCUUACUCUUUUUUUUUUGUAUUGUCUCUUUACUAGAGAUGAUACAUACAUUUGUGUUUUUUUAU